AUGUCCUUCAUCGACACCAUCCUGACCUUCGUGGUCCUGUUCUUCCGCACCAUCUUCUGCCUCGGCCCCCGCGCCGACGCCGACGAGGAGGCCCGCAUCGGCAUGGUCGCCGACGAAUCCUUCUGCUGCCGCGGCGGCCGCAUCGAACACCCCCAGAUCGUCCAAACCCCUUUUAUCAUCAUCGAGGAGUGCCCUUCCGAAAGGGGCCAGAAAGUCAACAACAGGAAGCCCUUGCAGGCUUACCUCAAAGUCUAUCCUGGUCAGAAGGAAAGGAUCGAGGUCUUCAGGCCGAGUCAGAAUCCGGGGGAGAUGAAGAACGCCCCCGUCGUCUCCAAGGAACAAACUGCGCAGCAAGCCGUCGCAUCUGAAAUUCAACGCACCAUCACGCGCCUGGAGUCCGGCGGGGAGUCCCAGUCGGCCCCUAUUUCGUACUUCGAGGCGAACACCAUCGAGAACAAGGAAGAAGUCGUUUUAGGCGCCAAAGCCCUUCUCUUUGACAUCGUGCGCACGCUUGAGCGCGUGGAGGCAAAGGAGAAAAAGUCCGAAUCGGUUCCCGUGCCUCCCAUGGAGGAGAAGAUCCUCGAGAACGUUGAAAAGGAACUUCCCUCGUCGACCCUCGCCGACAUCGCUACCGAAAUCAUCGAGUCUGCCCAGCAAGAAGCUUCGAGUGAGACCGAGGGCGCCUUCGCAGCUAUGAGUGCUUCUAUCAGCAUGUUCGACCUCUCCGCCCUCUUCAAGGACGAGGCUACCCCCUUGGAGUCCGUCUCCCCCCACGCCGCGGGCCUCCCCCUCCAAGACAUCCUCAACACCGAGGAGAACGCCAGCCUCGUUGCGGCGGCCACGGCGAGUACCUCUAAAGCUGGUGGUGCCGCCGCCGCGGAUUCCGAAUCCGCCCCGAAGCUUCAAGGCCGCGUCUCCCGCGCCCGCUCGGGCUCCUUCAUACUCCGCGACGGAGUCAUGCACGGCACCCCUCUCCGCGCCGCCGACCCCGCGCACCACGUCGCCCACUUCACCCCCGCCGCCAUCCCCGUUUGGCAGCCCCCGCGCCCCAACAAACUCACCGUCCCGGCGUGGGAUUACCAGAUUCGCAUGGCCGAAGACGCCCAGAUAAUGGCCGCCGCCAGGGCCGCCGCCGAGAACAACUAG